AUGAGAACUCUAGUAUUCGCCGCUUUAAUUACCUUGGCAUGUGCCUCCUACGAAGAGGAUCAUGGCAGUUCCACCUAUCAUGAGACAUCGAAACCCGUGGAAAUUCCCAUUUACAAAAAAUACGCUAUACCAAUUCCACAUCCAGUUCCAGUUCCAAUUCCGCAACAAAUUAAAGUCCCUAUUCCGCAACCUUAUCAAGUCGAAGUUCCAGUGCCGCAUCCAGUGCCCGUAGAAGUAGUCAAGCACGUUGAAAUUCCGGUAGAAAAACCUGAGCCCUAUGUGGUGGAGAAAAAGGUACCAUAUGUUGUUGAGAGGCCAUAUCCAGUGACAGUUGAAAAGCACUUCCCGGUGCCUGUUCCGAAACCAUACCCGGUCCACGUACCUGUCUACAAACACGUAUUCCAUCAUCAAAGCAAGGGACACGGUUGGAAGCACUGAUCUUGAGAGUUGUUUUUCCAAAUUUCAGACAAUUAGGCAAAAAAAAAAUAUAUAUAUAUAUAUAUAUACGUAUUUAUAUAUGCACAUCAAAUCGAAAAUUAUAGUUUCUUGACAUUAUGACACUUGUACAUAGUUCACUAUUGUUGUAAUUAUACUAUUUUUGUACUGUUUAAAUAAAUUGUUUUUGUUUUCAUAAUAUCGUUAAUCGUUCCUCUCCCUUCGAUAGAACAUCGAUUCAUCGGAGCAAUUGGAAAGUUUCGAAAGCGUGUAGUUUAGUCGAAGUAACGUACGGUCGAAGUAACACUGACCACCUAAAUAAAUAACUCUAUACGUUAGCUUUUUCUUGUUUCACAGUAUUUCUCAACCAGGUCGGUAAAGGUAUGACAAUGAUUUUAUCAAUCCGGAGACUACCUCCUAGUCGAGAGAGUUCUUUUAACUCAAAAAAAAAAUAAUUACUUUCUGACCCGAAGUAAGUAAGAAAAAGUAAGUAAAGAUCGACCAUCUUACGACGAUCUCUACCCCGUUGUAAUUUUAUCGGUCUUAACGAUACGAACCUGGCGAGUACUUUCCGCGUUCGAAUCAUUAGUAAUUAACUACCAUGAAUCUAUUCACGAGGCAUUAUGCGCCUUGAACGAUACAUAGUUCGUAAUCACAAAUCAAUCACGAACGUAAUUUACUGUCACUAUGAUGGAAACGGAGACACAUAUAUAUACACUCUGUGGAUAAAACCGUAGGAUAUAUUUCAGCCGAACAAACUGUUUUACCUUUUUGCGAAUUUCUGUAGGCAAUACCCGGAGCGAUGCAAUGUGUUACGAGGCUUGCCCUCCGGUUUUCUCGAAUCACAAACCAGCCAAUGACUGGCGACGGUGUGGUAAAUGACGAACGCCAACCUAACGACAGCGACAUAACAGGGCUGUUCGCCCGAGGUGCAGAAUUUAUUCAGGAAAUACCGGGGCGCGACCACUUGCAUCAUAGGCUUGGCUGUCGACCGCUUUUUACGCCGCUUAAGGGAAUCGCAUUCGUCUUUGGUCCGCAAGAAACUUGCCCUGUUUAAGUGUAGCAAAAGUUUAUAAAACCAGGGACCACGCACAGCGCGCUUUUAGUUUUGCCCGGGACUUUAGUACCGACGUUUAUCGAGAAGAUCGUUCAACCGACACCGAAAUCAUGUUCAGAUUGCUGGUAAGCAAACAGACAGAAGAAACCUCGACACUUUCCACUUUUUCAAUUUCGUGAUAUUCACUGAUUGUUACGUCUCAAUUUAGGAACAGAGUAGCACGUAUCUAGUUGUUCUUUCAUGUACGGGAUAAA